AUGAAGAAAUCGGAAAAAAAUUACCAGUUAAAACUUGCCCGACUUACGGAUAAACAUAAGAUCGUGACCUUGCGAAAUGCGAGUGACCAGGUCUUGGAUUUUCAAUCAAAACUAACUGAAGAAGUGAACAAGGAGUCAUUAUCUGAAGCCAGAUCUGCGAAGUUGGAGGAAAGUACUAAUUCAAAAAAAGCUACAGACAAAAAUGAUAUUCGGUACUAUCUUUCAAACAAACAAGAGACUACUGAGAGUGCAGGGACGUUAACAAAUUCAUUGAAACGAAAGUCAGAAUUAGGAUACAAUAUCACAGAGAUAGAAAUUAAGGCUGAUGACGAAAAAAUCAGUAUCGAAAAACAAAAAUUUCUCGAAAUGAGGAAAAGAAAUAUUUAUCCACUUUGUAAGCCGUUCAGGGAAUUGUCUAAGGAGGAUGCUGAAGGAUUGUUCGAUGAAAUAUCAAGUAACACAAAUAUUGUAGUUGAGCUCCCAAACAACCUGAAAGAAUAUUUAAAAGAAUUGUUUAGUGGAAAUAUUGAAAACGCAAUGUCCAAGAUAGAAAUACCACUAAGGAAUCCAAAUAAUCUAUCGAAUUGGACUAGAGAAGUAUGUAGGCAUUUCCUUCUAUAUUUUAACUACGGUGGCCUACAAAUCGAAGGUGACGAAAAGACAUGGUCGACGCAAACGGUUUACCGUAUGCUUGAUCUAUUUUCAAUGUUUUUCAGAAAAAUAAUAUCCGGAGUUUCGUUCGGUGAAAUUAUAAACGAAGCACAGAACGAUAGAAAGUAUAAUAUUAAUUACACACAAAAGCCGUCACAAUCCGGAUGUGCAAGUAAAAACGAUGGUGUUAUGUAUCAAGAAGAAGUUUCAACAUUAAUAUAUGAGCAAUCUUUUGGCCCAACGGAGUUUACCGAUCUACAUCACUUAAACGACAUUGUUAAACUAUCACGCAAUGGAGUUGACGAUUUAAAUUUCCAUUUUACAAAAAAUAGUAACUGUGAUGUUACUACAGCAAAGAAACUUAAAUCGAUAUCGGUUCACGGAUACAAAUAUUUCUUAUCAAUAUAUGUUACUGAUCUCAUCCGUGUCGAGACUUAUAGAAUGUACGAAAUAUUCAGUUGCAAAAUUCCAAUAUCUUACUCCGAACGUUGGGAAUUAUUCAACAUUGCAAAGUUUGGUGCGCUCUUGGAGAAACUCCUUACAGAGAGACAAGGUGUAAAAGAAGAAAUGUGUAGAGAACAAGUUUUAAACGAUGAUAAAGCCCAUUCUGUGCAGAGAUGGAUAAAGAUACCAGACAAUAGUCCGCCAAAAGUCAAACGAAAUAAAUAA